AUGAUCCAUUGGUGUCCCCAGUCUGGUGCCAGGCUCGCCGAGUUUGUGAUUGACCUGGGUGAGUCGUCUUCCAGCGUCGAUGAUUUUGAGGCCAAGCUUCAGGAGAAUGGAGCAGCGGCUUCCGGCCCUUUCUGCCAAAGGCUGUUAGAGCUCAUUCAAAAACUGGGUGGGCCACAAAAGCCUGGACAAGCAGAUGCCAAGGGCGGACCCAAUGCGAAGGCCUCCAACGAAGCCUUAGCACUCGCAACCAAGGAGAUCGCUAAGGAUAGAAAAGUGGAGAGGCGAGAAAGAAGUCGUAGUCGGCAAAAAGAUACCCAGGAGAAAGACAAGAAAGAAAAGAAAAAGGAUCUGCGAGGACCUGUAGAGCUCUACGGAAUCUACAAGGGUCAGGUUUCACGGCUCAUGGAGUACGGUGCCUUCAUUUCCUUCGAGACCUCCGAAGGAAGAAGAGAAGGAUUGGCUCACUUGAGCGAAGUCUCUCGGGAGACAAGAAACGUGAGUCGAGCAGCAGACCAUUUGAAAAGGAAUCAAGAGUGCUUCGUGAAAAUCAUAGGUAUUGCAGGGACGAAGCUCAACCUCUCUCUCCGCGAAGUGGACCAAGAGACGGGUGAGGACUUGAAGGUGCGGAAGGUGAAAGGUGGCGAAGAGCCCGACGAGAAGGAUGCAUCCAAUCCAAUGCGAAAGAAGAGGAUGGAGGAGAAUGCAAAGUACGGCAAGGUCACCGGCAUUAGGCUGGACUAUGCCGACAACGAUUCGGAGAGGACCUGGGGUGUGAUGCAGAUCUUGAAGAAGCUUCGGCAAAAGAAAAAGCUGAACGAGUACGAGAUGUGGGAGGCGCAACAGCUCCAAGCCUCCGGUGUCAUUGAGCAGCACGAACGCCUGGAUUGUGACGAGGACACGAUGGUGGAGAUUUGUCGACCUACCCAUGAGAAGGGCCUUUUGGCUGACAGCGACAUCGAGGAAGACUUCGAGAUUGAGCUCCAAGAAAAGGAGCCUGUCUUCCUCCGUGGUCAAACCACAAAAGCUGGAGUUCGACUGUCACCUAUCCAGGUCGUCAAGGAGCCCGAUGGCAGCUUGGCACGGGCCGCUUCCACGGCACAAGCCUUGGCCACAGAAAGACGUGAGGCAAGGGAGGCCAUGCAGCAGAGCUUGCUGGACGCUAUUCCGAAGGAUAUGGGCAGACCGUGGGAGGAUCCGAAGCCUGAAGCAGGUGAGCGAACCAUCGCGCAAGCCUUGAGAGGCCUUGGACAGACCUCCUACGAGUUGCCGGAGUGGAAGAAGCUGUAUAUCGGCAAAUCCGUUUCCUACGGACAGAAGUCGGUGAAGCCGAUCAAAGAGCAGCGAGAGUCACUUCCAAUUUUCAAGCUGCGGAAUGAGCUUCUUCAAGCCAUCCACGACAAUCAGGUGUUGAUCGUCAUUGGAGAGACUGGAAGUGGGAAGACUACUCAGAUCACUCAGUACAUGGCCGAAGCUGGCUACACCUCCAGAGGCAUGAUUGGUUGCACCCAGCCUCGACGAGUAGCUGCCAUGUCGGUGGCAAAGCGUGUCUCGGAAGAGUACGGUUGUCGCCUGGGUCAAGAGGUUGGUUAUGCCAUCCGAUUUGAGGACCAGACUGGUCCAGACACUUUGAUCAAGUACAUGACGGAUGGUAUGCUUUUGCGCGAGAUCCUCUCAGAUGAUGAGGUCAGCAAGUAUGCUGUGAUCAUGCUGGACGAAGCGCAUGAAAGGACCAUCUCAACAGAUGUUCUCUUCGGAUUGUUGAAGGCUGCAGUGAAGAAAAGAAAGGAGCUGAAGCUGAUUGUCACUUCAGCGACUCUGGAUGCGGAGAAAUUCUCCACCUACUUCUUCAACUCGCACAUUUUCACCAUUCCGGGCAGGACCUUCCCUGUGGAAAUCCUCUACUCCAAGGACCCGGAGCAGGACUACGUGGAAGCUGCCCUGAUGACUGUCUUACAGAUCCAUCUCACCGAGCCGUCCGGUGACAUUUUGGUCUUCCUCACGGGUCAGGAGGAGAUUGACACUGCAUGUCAAGUCCUGCAUGAACGAAUGCAGAAGUUGGAGGCGAUGAGCCCGCCGCCUUUGAUUAUUCUUCCUGUGUACAGUGCAUUGCCUUCGGAGAUGCAGACCAUGAUCUUUGAGCCACCACCUCCUGGAUGUCGAAAAUGUAUUGUGGCCACGAACAUUGCCGAGGCAUCUUUGACCAUUGAUGGCAUUUUCUUCGUGGUUGAUCCAGGGAUGGCAAAGGUUAAGAUGUACAAUUCCAAGACAGGCAUGGACUCCUUGCUUAUCACGCCAGUGAGCCAGGCAAAUGCCCGGCAACGCUCCGGCCGUGCUGGCCGGACUGGUCCAGGCAAGUGUUAUCGCCUCUACACCGAGUUGGCGUACCGCAACGAGAUGUUGCCCACCGCUGUGCCGGAAAUCCAGAGGACCAACCUGUCCAACACCGUUUUGUUGCUGAAGGC